CAGUACAUCCAAAGGAGUUUCAAAAAGCCCAAGAAAAAGUAGAGACACAGCAGACCAGAGGUCAAGCAGGGCAGAACAUAGUAUUGGACAUUCUACGGAACCAAGAGUAGAAAAUGUAGUCAUAAUUGAUGAGAGCGAGUCUCUUGAUUUGAACAGCAGUCCUAGUGGCAAAGACACAGUGGGAGGUGUCCAGGCUGGUGGUGCCCCCUAUAGUCCAAGAAAAACACCAAACCAGGCUAGGAAAGUGGACAGAUGCCUUUUGAAAACUGCAUCAGUUAUCAACGGGCACCAUCACUUAGAAAUCUCCACAAUACAAGAAGUCUUACAUCACAGCGUUCCCCACACGUUCCGAGUUCUUGCCCAGGUCCUGGACUACCAACCCAAGCAGCCUCCAUACAUACGACUGACGUGCCCUAUGUGCCAUUACUUGGCAGUUCCAGACUCCAAAUGGCUUACGGAGCACGUUCCCAGCAGAGUACAGGAUAAAGUUCCUUACUAUUCCUGUCCUCAGUGUGACCAAAGGUCAAUCUCAGCAGCAACCAGUUCCGAGUGGUCAGUAACCAGGGUGACCAGUGCCGGGACUGAAGUGACCAGCACAGAUGGUCAGGUAGUGGUCAAUGGGCAGGAGCUUGAAUAUGUGUACAUGAUGGAGUUUUUACUGGAGGAUGGGACUGGCUGGCUGGUGGCCAGAAUCUGGAAGCAGCAUGCAGUCACUUUCCUGAAUGACAUUUCUCCUGAAACACUCAUCUGGCAGGAGGAUGGAGUGAGGUUUGUGGAAGGACAGUUAAAGGAAUUGUCCCCAAGGCCAGGAAGAAGUGAGCAAAAACCAUGGCUGGAAUGUUGUCUGCUGUCAUACAAUGGUCUAAACGGAGAACGGCUUUAUCACAUAUUUGAUACUACUUUGGCAUUGGACUGUUUGUAAUUUUUUAGCAUUAUUUGUGUAGCCUGAGAUGGAAGACGGGACUCUGACUGGCGCAUUGUCAGCUAUGAGCUGUUCAGAAUCACCUUGGUUUUUAUAUCUUCAGUAUCAUUUACUGUUUGUUGAACAUAUAUCUAGUUUUAUUACAGUAAUCCCCUCUCUGUGCAGCUUAUAUUAACAAAUGUGUUUGAUGUUUAGAAUACAGCAGAUUAACUCCAACAUGCAGGUUUAUGAGCUGAUCAGAAUGUUAUUAAUAUAAGUUGUUUAUACAAGACUGAAGACAGCAUCACAUUUUAUAUUCACAUGUAACAAAAUGCAUGCCAAAGUUACGAGAAGUUUACAGAUAGAAAGACCACAUUUAUACAACAAUAGGCAAAAAGUAUUGUUUAUUUUUAUGAGUUAACCCAUGUGUUAAGUUAUAAAUAAAAAUGAACCGUAAAUAAAAAA